CAGUCGCCCCCGAAUGCAGCACAAGAGCGAGCAGAGGGAUCGGGACCGAGGGAGGGAAGGAGGGAGAGAGAGAAGCUAAACAGGUGGUCUGAAAACACAGAAAACAAUGUCGUCCGGCGGGGAGAAACGGAAACAUCUCCAGCCGUCGCUUCAGUGAGGGAACACCGGGACAUCCCGGGAGCCGUACCCGAACCAACCGAUGCUCCUUCUCCGUUUCCACACGGAUUCCUCCUCCCGCCGCGGCUGCUCUUCUUCGUCCGCUCGGUUUCGCUCCGAAUCUGGGGAAGAUCUCGGAUACUGAACCAUGAAAGUGACGGUGUGUUUCGGCAGGACCCGGGUGGUGGUGCCGUGCGGGGAUGGGAAUAUUAAGGUGCACACACUCAUCCAGCAGGCUGUCAUGAGAUACAAGAAGGCGAUCGCCAAGGAUGCUAAUUACUGGCUGCAGGUCCACCGGUUGGAGCACGGCGACGGAGGAAUCCUCGACCUGGACGAUGUGCUCUGUGACGUGGCCGACGACAAAGACAGGUUGAUCGCUAUAUAUGACGAGCAGGAGCCCCAUCAUGGAGGCGACGGCACCAGCGCCAGCUCCACAGGGACCCAGAGCCCCGACCUGUUUGCUGCAGACCUCAGCGCUGGCAGCGGAGCUUCAGCCUUCCAGCCCUACCAGGCCGCCAGCGAGAUCGAGGUGACGCCUUCGGCCCUGCGCACCAAUAUGCCCCUUCACGUCCGACGCAGCAGCGACCCCGCUCUGCUCACCAUCAACGGACCGUUCGGUGGCAGUGGCGGCGAUUCUCGGGUCCAAACCGAAGGCACGCCGUCGAGGAAGAACCCGACCCGUUGGUCCACCACCGCUGGCUUCCUGAAAGCUCGCCAUUCCUCUGGCACAAAUAGCCUGGAGAGGAAGGGUAAAGGCAUGGAUACGUAUCGUAGCCUGCCUCGGGAUGCAGGGACAUGGGCCAAUCAGAGGGAGUUUCAGAGAGAGACGGCCCGGUCAUCACUGAGUGCCAAUCACCCCAUGGUGGACCGCUGGCUGGAGAGACAGGAACAGGAGGACGAGGCCAGAGAGGAAGAGAACGGAAGGAUCGAGCCGGUCGGACGAGCUGAUUCCUGCAUGGACCACACUCCUGUGAGGUCGCUAGAAGACAUUGUCAAACUGGUGGAGGUGUCAAACGACGGCGGGCCCCUGGGAAUCCACGUGGUGCCUUUCAGUGGCAGGGACCGCAGGACUCUUGGCUUGUUGGUCAAGCGUCUGGAGAGGGGAGGCAAGGCCGAGCAGCAGGGCCUCUUCCAGGAGAACGACUGCAUCGUCCGUAUCAAUAACGGAGACCUGCGAAACAUCCGAUUCGAACAAGCCCAGAAUAUGUUCCGUCAAGCCAUGCGCUCCCCCGUUAUCAUGUUCCACGUGGUUCCGUCGUCGAUGAAGGCCCACUACGAGCAGCUGUCUCACGCUGAGAGGAACCCGGCAUACGCCUCAGGCCGUUUUAGCCCGGACUCCCUCAGCGGCAGCACCGUGUCCGGCAUCGACCACACGCCGCAAAGGAUGUCCCGGCACGGUUCCCAAACGCACCCGCACACCCAUCCGCACCCUCAUCCCCAUCUUCACCCCGAUCCGGCCGAUGGAUACCCACCUCUAACUCAUCCAGCGGUCUCUGCAGCCAAACCUCCGACUGGUCACACCCAUUCGCCUCAGAGGGCAAUGAACUCCAAUCAAAGUGGAGGAUUUAUAAAAAAAGUUGGCAGGAGACUCAACAUCCAGCUGAAGAAAGGCCCUGAGGGACUCGGCUUCAGUAUAACGUCACGAGAUGUUCCCAUCGGAGGUUCAGCACCCAUCUAUGUGAAGAAUAUUCUGCCUCGGGGAGCCGCCAUCCAGGAUGGACGCCUCAAGGCAGGAGACAGGUUGCUGGAGGUGAAUGGAGUGGACCUGAAUGGGCGGACCCAGGAAGAGGUGGUGUCUCUACUCAGGGCUACACCCAUGGGUGGGGCCGUGGGUCUGCUGGUUCUACGCCAGGAGGAGGCCUUCCUCCCCCGAGAAGUGAAUGCUGAGCCCCAGAUGCAAUGCCCCAGAGAUGUGAAGACAGAAGAAGAUGAGUUGGUCUUGACUCCUGACGGUACAAGAGAGUUUCUGACCUUUGAGAUUCCUCUCAGUGACUCCGGUUCAGCAGGUUUGGGUGUCAGCGUCAAAGGCAACCGCUCCAAGGAAAACCAUGCAGACCUGGGCAUCUUCGUCAAAUCCAUCAUAAAUGGAGGAGCGGCCUGCAAGGAUGGGCGGCUACGAGUGAACGACCAGUUGAUCGCUGUGAACGGAGAGUCGCUGUUGGGUAAAACCAACCAGGACGCCAUGGAGACGCUACGUAAAUCCAUGUCGACGGAAGGCAACAAGCGUGGGAUGAUCCAGCUCAUCGUGGCCAGAAGAGUGGCCAAAAGAAGCGAGGAGACACCAGGGAGCCCAUUGGGACCCCAGCAGAUGUUGAACACCUCCCUGGACGACCAUGAGCGUAGAAUCUCCCAUUCUCUGUACGGUGGCCUGGAGGGCCUCGAUGACAACUUGAUGCCCCGGCAAGGCAUGAUGCCACGCACAAUAGGAAACUACCAGCUGUCUCCGACCGUCAACAUGCCGCAGGACGACACCGUCAUCAUCGAGGACGACCGGCCGCCGCUGCUGCCGCCACACCUUUCCGACCAGUCGUCCUCCAGCUCCCACGAUGACGUCGGCUUCGCGGCCGAUGUGACUCCACCGUGGGCCAAAGAGCUGCCUGCUCACAUCGACAGCUCCCUGGCUACAGACGAAAACCAUCCAGACGGGGCUUUCCAGAGGGAAGGUUUUGGACGUCAGAGCAUGUCGGAGAAGCGCACCAAGCAGUUCGGAGACGCCGCGCAGCUUGAGAUCAUUAAGACACGCAAGUCCAAGAGCAUGGAUUUAGUAGCCGACGAGAUUAACCUCACCCCUCGUCCCGAGACCGACACAGGUUCUUCCACGAAGGAUGUGGGACCAUCGCUAGGCCUGAAGAAGUCCAGCUCCCUGGAGAGUCUCCAGACGGCAGUAGCAGAAGUAACCCUCAACGGGGACCUGCCUUUCCACAGGCCUCGCCCUCGAAUCAUCAGAGGACGGGGCUGCAAUGAGAGCUUCAGAGCAGCCAUCGACAAAUCCUACGACCGACCGGCUGCCACGGAGGAAGACGAUGAGGGCAUGGAGACAUUGGAGGAGGACACGGAGGAGAGCUCCCGGUCGGGGAGAGACUCGGUGUCCACGAUGGCCGACCAGACGCCGCUGUCCAGCACAGAAAAGCCGCUGGUCAACGGCACCAACCGCACCAAAGAGGAGAAGAAGAAGGACAAAGACAAGGGAGGGAAGGAGAAGAAGAAGCCAGAAGCAGGGAAGGAGAAGGACAAGGACAAGGAGAAGGGAAAACCUAAGAAGGGCAUGCUGAAGGGACUCGGAGACAUGUUCAGGUUCGGGAAGCACCGCAAAGACGAGCGGCCUGGUGAAAAGAUGGAUCGCAAAGGCUCCAGCAAGUGGAGGCCGGAGGAGACGCAGGUGUCUGAGGAGGAGACGAUGAAGAUGAGGAUGGAGCAGAGCAGGAUCCAAGCAAAGACCAGGGAGCUGAGGGAGCGUCAGGCCCGAGAACGGGACUACGCCGAGAUCCUGGACAUACGAACGCCUGAGAGAUCCUCCGAGGAGGAGCAUCCGUACACCGGCAUCAACGCCCUCAACAGCUCCGUGGACAGCGGCCACAGUCGGCCCCACAGCCCUCGAGACGACCUCCCCCACAUCCAUCCGCUCCACCAGCACCAGCACUCCGAUACCCUCUACACCCAAGUCAGCAAGGCCCGCAAUGAUCGGCCUCCAUCUGCAGACAGUAACCGGCUAACCCCGAGCAACCACGACCGGAUACAGAGGCUGAGGCAGGAGUUCCAGCAGGCCCAGAACGUCCCUGACGACCCCGACGAUCGCAGGAGGACCUACAGCUUUGAGCAGCCCUGGUCCAACACCAGCAGCAACGGUCCAGGCGGGUACAGCCAGCCGGGUCGGCACUCGGUGUCGGUGGAGGUCCAGAUGCAACGACAGAGACAGGAGGAGAGGGACUCGUUCGCUCAGGCUCAGCGACAGUACAGCUCCCUGCCGCGGCAACCCAGGAAGAACCCAAGCUCCAUCUCCCAGGACUCCUGGGAUAAAGCGUACCCACCGGGCGAGGGCUUCCAGACUGCCAAGGACAACCCCAGGUACUCCAGCUAUCAGGGCUCCAGGAACGGCUACCCAGGGGGCGGAGGCGUCAAUGCCAGGGUCCUUCUGGAGGCCCAGGAGCUGCUGAGGCAGGAGCAGAGACGCCGAGAACAGGAAGCCAAAGGGAAGCUAAUGCAGGAGAGCACCGGCAACAGCAGCUACGAUGGGUACCACCUGAAGGAUCCAGCCUCCCCGAAGGGUCCCUACCGCCACGACGUGCCGCCUUCGCCUUCGCAGUUAGCGAGGCUUAAUAGAUUGGGUUCAGAGAAAGGAAGACUUUUUUACUCCUGAGGAUGGACUGAUGGAUGAAGAAGAACUUCAAGAGCUAAGGGGAUUACCUUGAAGAAACAGCAAAAGUGGACGCUGCAAACCUUGACACAGGACAACCUAGAGGUCUCAUAGCUUAGCGAUGAUGUUAGAGGUAAACAGUUGUGAAGUGUACUCAGUAUGUGGGUGUUUGUGUUCAAUCCCCCGCUGUGCCGAUGACCUAUACCAGUUGUCAGUCAGUCACUCACCCUCCCACAGACAUGAGACGCUCAGUGCCUUCUCUGCAUUCACGAUGCUUGUUCACAGUCGUCCAGGACUCUGAUUCAUCGAGAUCUGGCACCGUCAUGUACUGACAAUCAAAUGGGCAGACAGGCAAAGUGAGUGGGCGCUUUUUUUUUCUUUCUUUUUUUUUUUUGAGCCCACGGGGAGGCGUAAGUCUCUGUGUGGGUUUGUGUGUGGGCAUGUGACAAGGUACAUGUUUCACUAUCAAGUACGCGUGUCCCGCGGAUGACUCUCCCCACCUGUCACAAAAUCACCCUUUCGUUAACAUUCGGUCCCUGCCGAUGCUGCCGGUGUUUUCUCCGUAUUCUGUUUUCUUUACUUUUCUCUCUGUUAGCAAUAGAAGCUUCUCGGUAUUCUCCCGGGAGCCGAGAAAACAAGGCGAAGUGUGUGAAAGAAAACAGGGCACAGCGUGUGUGUGUGUUAUUAAUAAAAAAGCCCCCCUCAUAAAUGAUUCAUAUUGUGUGUUAUCUCCGCGGAGGAGGCUCAGGCAGGGAAGGUAGACAGCUCUGAUCCCGUGCCUGGCCCCGGUGCACGGCUCUGGGCUUGACUCGCUGGCCUGCCUGCCUGUCUGUCUGUCUGGAGCUCACAUCCUCUCCUCGCUGUUCUCGUCGCCUCUCUGUUCAUUACGCUCCUUUCUUCUACCUCAGCAGCUCCCCACCUUCAUCCUCCUCUUCUCUCACCUUCCUCUCAUCUCACCCCAUCCCCUUACUCUUCCUCCUGCUACCCACUACCACCCUCAUCCUCCUCCUCCUUGUCUCCCGAGUCAGGCUCUGCACUGAAUUUUUCAUCACAAGCCACCUGCUGCCUGCCAGAGAGCCAAAGAAAGCUGCCACCAGAGGCUCCGACAGAGGGCCCAGCUUCUGACAUAAAGAGCUGAAUAAAAAGCAAAAAAAAAAAAAACAAGAGACAGAAUAAAGAUGGGUAGAGAGACAAUAAGCCUCCCAGUGUGAGAUUAGCUGAAGCUUUUCUCCCAUUUUUAACAAAAGGCAAAAUUGUCCUCAGGAGUUAAUUGCUUUCAAUUGCUAUAAUUGCUUUUUGUAUUUUUUACCUUUUUAAGCAUUUUGCCGGCGCUCAUCUGCAGAGUGAUUUUAAAAAGAGGGAGCAGCAGGGGUGCUAUCUUGCUUUUUAAAAAACAGCAGUCAAUGGGACGAAGUGAGUGCUGUUGGCUUUUAAAGGGUAGGCUGAGCAAAAUUACAAAAAAAUAUAUAUAUUUUCUGACUUACCUCCAGUUAUAAUGCAGAUCAUUUGGAUAUUAUUUGCCCAGGUUUUGAGAUAUCUACUUCUGAGUUUGCCUCUGCAAUUGCAGUAAUGGGAUUUGAAUUGUGGUUCUAACAACAAUGAAAAGUAUUUUUUUUAUAAACUACAAACAUUUCUUUGAACUGCUUUCAUCCAAAGAAAUCAGCUGAAAUCAGUAGACACCUUUGAAGCAUGAUUCUAUUUCUGCCUAUUAAGGCUCUGUCGCGCUAAUUUUGCAUAUGAAGUUGCAUAAAAAAGUACAUGAAGUUGCAUAAAAAAGUACAUAUCAAGGCAAAAUGCAAAUUCCCUGCAGCUGUGUUAAACGGAAACCUUUCUACUGCCUCAGAUUUUAACAAACCAGCAGAUGACUAUAGAAGGUCAUCAGGUCACCUGGCUAGUUGGAGAUCUAUGAUGCAGUUUGCAAAAUGUCUGUUCCAGUUGGCAGAUUAUUGAAAGCCUUGGCAGACCAGAAGAUAACACAGCAAAGUUAAUUUCUGCACUCUCACAAAUAUAGCAGUACUAUUUAAUUGGUGGCACAUCAUCGCACGGCUAGUUGGUGCCCUUCUAUAGCUAGCUAGCUGGAAAAGCUAGCACCACUAUUUGCAACAGUUCUAUGUUUUUGGAAACUAGCUUGUUAGCUGAGAAGUUAGCAAACAGUUUACACAAAUGGCUGGUGCAAUGCAACCAUAGACUGGAUAUAAAAGAUGAAUGUAGCCUUCAGAUACGAAAAGUGAAGCCAAAGCUGACGUAUCUGAAACUUGCAUUCUGACUAACAGCCAGUAGGGGGCGACUCCUCUGGUAGUAGAAUUAUGACAGAUUGCAUUGAAGUCUAUGAGAAAAUGAUCCUUUGAUUGGUUACCUCAGUAAGCACUUUACCAGUGCAAAUUAUGUUCUGAAUCAGUAGUUUUAAGAUUUUUUUUGACUUCAUCGUGGUGUAUUUUUGUAAAUUAUGGCCCCAUUCAGAGUAAAGCAGAUGAUAAAGUAGUUAAUGUAUCACCAUGCAUAGUCUGUUUAGGUUCAACAUUCAGAACCACCUCUGACUCAUCACAUAAGGUUUCAAAAAAGUAUCGGGAUUCUUCAAAACUGUAGUCAAGAAACCAACAGGUGACGACACCGUGGUUGCAUCCAUUUUUUAUAUACAGUCUGUGAAUGCAACUUGUUAGCGGCUAUCGCUUCUUCUGCUUUUGGACCCAAAAGUUGGUCAACAGAUGCAAAAGGUUUCAGCUGGUUUUCUUUGGCUCUACAGAAAAAAAUUGAUGGUGUUGAUUUUGUUUUUAAAUGCAGAUACGACGAAGCCUUUAGCUGGAAAAUACUUUAACUUUGAACUGCAUCUCCAGUGUAUUAGGAUGGAAACAGAAAUCUGAAAACCUGGAAAAAUGAAAACAGAAGCACAUGCAUAAAUACAUAUCACUGGAGGUAAAAAUAUCUCUUUGUAAGUCGGGUUAACCAGACUUGAAAUUGGAGUAAAUGACGCUGUCCUGGUGGCUUGUGCAUUCAUGACCUAUUUACAUUUUCAUUCCAGUCGAACUCUGUAGCUCCUGGCAGCUUUUUCACCCCGAGAGGAGGAACUAAUCAGUGAAAGUAGCUGCUAUUGUCGUGGGUUGCAAAAGAAGAACUCAGGCGUUGAUGAUGACACAUGCUUAAAAAAAGUCACUGCCACCAGCCUACCACUGUAAUUGCUGCAGUAGGAGGCAAGCGAUCCACUUACUCUGAACCUUCUUUGACAGCACUGAUGUUCGUGACGUUACCGCGUCUGAGCGAACAAACGAGGCCGAGGCGAGGUCCAACUUUGAACAAAAGGGAAGCGCGAGAAGUAAUAAUAAAUAAAAGAAAGCUGUGGAAAACAAACAGGCGGUGUGUAAUUGCCCUUCACUUCUACACACUUUCCAUACGCAGAGUGAAGCUGCGUGACAUACAUUAUCUCCUGUUGGUUAAUGAAGACCCUCGCUGGGAAAGAUGCCGGCUUUACAGGGGCGAUGAACGAUGAACGAAGAUGAAGAAAAAAAUCGAGCUAUUCCAGUGUAUAAACCUGUAUUUUAACCUUAGGAAGAGCUCCCAGUAUUUGUCAGCUUGAAGCUAAUUAAAAACUCCCUUCUGCAUUAUAUAUGUACAUGGGUUUAACAACACAAACACACUGAGGCGCCUUGUUGUGUGUUUUUAAACCUACACGAGAAUGAAGCUGAUGAAAACCAAAUAAGAUUCAAGCUGUGCAGUAUGGAAGAAAGUUUUUAGGAAAGGUUCCUGCUGUGAACACGAGUGCAUGUCAAAAUGCCAACUAGCACAUUUAGAAGGAUGUAUUUGACCUGUGUGUCCUGCUAUGGGGUCUCAUAUCGAUAAGUGCCUGAGAUAAUAUCAUAUUUUACACAAAGAGGGACACCGUGUGAUUUCUUUGUCAGUGACACCUCAGUGUUAUUUUUAAUAUCAUCAUAUGAAAUGUGUCAUUUCUGGGGUACUCCUUCCUCAACCUUUUUUUUUAAUAAAGUUUUAUUCACAGGAGCCAACACUCUGUUAUCAGCGGUUAUCAGUGUAUUUGUAUCCCAUUUGACAUUGCCUUCAACCAUGCUGUACCAUGAUGUGUUUAUCAGAAAAAAAGAAGAAAUGGAAGUUAAUGGAAGCUGAUGUGCAAUUGUUUUGUUGUUGUUUUUUUUCCAGAAAACUUUUACAUGAUAUAUUAAGAAAUGUAUACAGCCACUUUUUCUGUACAUAUCAAAUUUAGAAUAAAACGGAAGGCUGUUCCAUCCUGUUUACAACCUC